AUCUACGAAAUAAAUUAGUUACUAACCCUGUACAGAAUACCUUUAUGAGUUAAACAAUAAAAUGGAAAAUUAACAUCUACUUAAACCAAAAAUAAAUUACGUAACUAAGAUAUUCUUCUUGGCUACCAACACAAAAGAGAUAGAGAUGGCAAAAAGGAGAGAAUAUGGUUAACCUUAAACCCUUUCUCAAAUACAACUAAUCACAUCACAUGCCUAAAAUUUUGCUCAAAAGAAAGAAGAAGAGAAAACAAAGAGGAACAGAUCAUUUUGCUUUGUCCUGAAUUUGCUCCUCCUCCUCUCUUGAAUGAGCAACACUUGUCCCUGUUCAUCUCCACUUGUCCCUCUCCGCCAAAGCCAUUAUUUAUAAAUACACGUACGUACUUCCCGCAAAUUGAACAAUUCAUUCGGUCAUUAAAAACUCUUUGACACUACUACGUACUUCGCUCUCAGCCAUGGCUACUUCCCACCUUGUCUGCUUCUCCUCCCUAACGGCAGUACUUCUCCUUCUUCUCCCAUUCUCCCACUCAUCUUCUUUCGGCGGCGACCGCUACCGCCCCCGCCGCCGCCCUCCGGCCAUCGCCAAAGUGCCGCAGUCCGACGUCGAUCUGGUCGAGUUCCCCUUGAAUCUCGAGUACCUCGAGGCAGAGUUCUUCCUAUUCGGCGCCUUGGGCCACGGCUUGGACGUUUACGCCCCGAACCUGACCGACGGUGGCCCUCCGCCCAUCGGCGCUCGCAAGGCCAAUCUCGACCUCGUCACCCGCGACAUCGUCGAGCAGUUUGCAUGGCAGGAAGUCGGCCACGUGAAGGCAAUCAAGAACAACGUGAAGGGAUUCCCGCGGCCACAACUCGAUCUAAGCCCGGCCUCAUUCGCCAAAGUCAUCAACGACGCAUUCGGAAAAUCUCUCUCUCCACCUUUCGACCCUUACGCCAACUCCAUCAACUACCUCAUCGCCUGCUACCUCAUCCCUUACGUCGGCCUCACCGGCUACGUCGGCGCCAACCCCAAACUCCAAGGCCCCGCUUCCAGACAUCUUGUGGCGGGGCUGCUGGCGGUGGAAUCGGGGCAGGACGCGAUCAUACGUGGUCUGCUGUACGAGCGGGCGCUGGUUAAAGUGCAUCCGUACGGGAUCUCGGUGGCGGAGUUCACGAACCGGAUCUCGGUUUUGAGGAACCGGCUCGGGGGCGCCGGGGUGAAAGACGAAGGGCUGGUGGUUCCGAAGGAAUUGGGCGCGGAAAAAAGGGUGAGAGGAAACGUGCUGGCGGGUGACGAGUUUUCGCUGGGAUACGGGAGGACUCCGGAGGAGAUUCUGAGGAUUGUUUAUGGCGGUGGGAAUGAGUCUUCGCCUGGUGGGUUUUACCCUAAGGGCGCACAAGGGCGGAUUGCUAGGUCGCAUCUCGCGUAUAUGUAGAAGAUGAUGAAGAACAGAGCGUUUUUUUAGAGAUGGGUUGCUCCUGUAGUUUGUGUUUCUGUAGGUGUUUUAGUUGCUCUGUUUUUUUUUUAGCUGGCUGUACUUGUGAUGUGUUUUUGGUUUCGUCCAAGUAAUAAGAGUUGUUGGAGUAAUUGUCACAAAAUCAAAAAGAAAACGAGCUUAUUACAUCCGGGAGGAAAAGCGAUAUAAGAACUAUUUUUUUGUGAUCUAUUCUAUAUUGUUUAUAGGUACGGUAGAUCGGGGAAAGAUGGACUACAUCGAAAUUAUUAUUGAAAGCGAACGUAUGAUGUUGUUCGUGGAAAAAAAUAAAAUUAAACUCUUGAAUCAAAGUAAUUUGAUUAAGUCACGGUCGCUAAAAGAAAAACGAGCUGAGAAUGGGAUGGAAUGCAACGCAAGAGCGAUCGUAUGUGCUCUAUUCUAUAUUAUUUAUCAUGGAUCAUAUCGAAAUUAUCAUUGAAAGCUAAUGUAUGAUGUGUUCAUGAAAGGAAAAAAAAACUCUUGAAUCAUAUUAUUUCAAUUGAGUCGCGGUCCGGAAAAAAUGGACUGAGAAACUAGGAUGGAACAUACACGAGGUAAGAGUGAUCUUCUGUGUUCUAUUCUAUACUAGUUAUAUGCACAUAGAUUGGGAUGGGUGGAUCAGAUCGAAAUCGUGAAAGCUAAUGUAUAAUGUGUUCAUGAAAAGAAAAAAAACUCUUGAAUCAAAAUAAUUCAAUUGAGUCAACGGUCAGCAAAAUCUGAACAUGAGAUGCUGGCCAAAAAAUAGUAAUACUUACAUUGAAUAGGGAAUGUCCUGAUGUGGGUGAUUCCAAUUCCAAUUUCUGUACAACUUCCAACCAGCUAUACUUCAUCAAUGACCACAUGUGCAAUAACACCCAAACAACAAUAUAGCUAGAAGAAGCAAACCUCAUUCAGUCAAUCUAUCAAUUUCCACCACCCAACAACUAACUUGUGGUGAUUGGUGUCUCUUAGACUCUUAGCCAUUAUCAGAUAUGAUAUCACCAAACAAAGAAAUUGAUCCUACUUUAUCUAAGCUAGCUACUGUCAGGAAAGGAACUCAAUCCUUCCACUACCCGGAUUGCGGAGUCAGCCUUCCCUUCCCUUCCCUAGAAUAAGCAUCAAUGACCAAAUCGACCAUAUUAAAUGUAAAAGCAUCAGGCUUCAUGCCUAAAACCACCAUCUUGCCAAGAAGCUGCAGCUGCAGAGCUAGCUCAACAUUCCCUCUGUCUGCAAGUGAGCUAACAGCUGAAUCACCUCCAGAAUCCUUUCCUCCUUACAAAAUCCAUUGAUCAGAGCAUUAUACUUAGGCACGGAAGGUUGAAAUCUAGUUGGAAGCUCUUUAGCUUCAUCCACCUUCCCAAGAGUUACACAUACAUGAUACUACAGUUGUAUAGCUUACAAACAUCCACAACCUUUAUCCGACAUUUGCAAGAGCAACUUCCGAGCAGCAUCCACCCGAUUGUUCUUACACAUAGCCUUCAAAAGAAUGUUGCUAAGUAUAAACAAUUGGUUCCAUU